AGUAAACUGCCCUUCUCCGUCCGGCCUCGUCCUGCUGUCGACGGGGACCUUGAGUUGUUUUGUGGUGUGAACUGUCAAACUCAUUUUGGUUAGUUUUUGUGCAUUAAAAGUAACACCAUGCCCGGUGUGGUUGAGGUUCCGACUUCGCAUGAGCUGAACGUCGAAGAGGUUAAUGUAUCAUCUGCUGUACUGAAGGCUGCUGCUCAUCAUUAUGGCUCUCAGUGUGACAAGGCCAACAAAGAGUUCAUGCUGUGCCGCUGGGAGGAGAAGGACCCUAGAAAGUGUCUGAAUGAAGGGAGAAAAGUUAAUGAAUGUGCAGUUAACUUCUUCAGGCAGAUAAAAGGAAACUGUGCUGAGUCCUUCACAGAGUACUGGACCUGUCUGGACUACUCUAACCUGGCUGAGCUGCGUCACUGUCGCAAACAGCAGAAAGAGUUUGAUAACUGCGUGCUGGAGAAACUGGGCUGGGAAAGGCCUGCAUUAGGAGACCUGUCCAAAGUGACCAAGGUGGCGACAACUCGGCCCCUGCCUGAAAACCCCUACCAUUCAAGACCAAGACCUGAGCCCAACACUCCCAUAGAGGCUGAGCUCCAGCCAUCCAAGCAUGGCAGCCGCAUGUUCUUCUGGAACUGGUGAAGAGGGCCAAUCACUGUCCUCUGAACAUCAUAUCCACCGCCUCCUUCCUCCAAACUACCACCAGACCGAACUGGAGAGUACCAGAUACAGCAUGCCAGUGGUAGCACUGUUAUCCUAACAUUAUGUGUAAAAAUGUCAAUACAUUUUGUUCACUCAAUACAUAUUAUUGAAUUAAAAGGAAUUAAUUUAAA